AGGAACGGAUAACCGCAAUUGAAGUCUCCCAUAGCAGAAACUAAAACUAUCCUACUAAUAACUAUUGGAAGAAGAGCAAUAUUUAUAAAAAAAGAUGGCAAGAAGAGAGGAGAUUAUUCCUUCAUGGAGCUAGAUCUAGGGCUUAGAAUAAACAGGGCAGUUGAAAAUCUUACCUUCUCGUCCACUGAGACAGAGACCGUCGUCAUCCUUUUCGCCCAUCUUCCAGGUUUCAAGGAGGAUGAGAUCGAGAUAUCGAUUAACGAGGCGGGAACGGAGAUUAGUAUCAGCGGGGGAGGAGAGAGAUCAUCCAUAGAAACAACGAUAUCAAGGCGACUAAUGUUGGCUACGGAAGUGAUCGAACAGUUUCAAAAGGUGUUUCGGAUUCCUAAUGGCGUGGAUUUGGACCGGAUCGAUGCGGGGUUUGACGAAGAGAACGCCGUCCUCAUUGUUUUGAUACCCAAAUUGAUCAAAGGAGAUGUUUCCGGAGUCAAAAUCGAAGAGAUCAAACAAGGAGAGGACGAAGGAGGAGGAGAAGAAGGGAAAGAAGCUUCGUUAGAACAAGACAAGCAAGAAGAAGAAGGGGCUACAAGUAAAGAAGAGGAACAGGACGAAAAAGGAAAAGGCAAAGAAGCUUCGAUUACAGAAGAUGAACAACGAGAAAAGGGUGAAGUUGGAGAGCCGGAGCUAGAAAAGGAGCAGAUUGGAAUGGAACAAAAGAUACCAAAAGAGGAAAGAGAAGAAGAUAAGGGAUUCAGAGUGGUACCAGAUCAGCCUCCGACGCCUCCAGUACCAGUAGAAAUCCAAGAAGAGGCUCCAUCAGAACCAAAGGAAGCAGAACACGAGAAGGAAAUGCCAAUUCCCAUUGCACCUCCGACACCUCCAAUACCAGUGGAAACCCAUGAUCUGGACCAAGAACCUCCAUCAUUGGAAGCAUUGGUACCAACGGAAGCAGAACACGAGAAGGAAUUGCAAAUUCCCAUGGCAACUCCGGCACCACCAGUACCAGUGGAAACCCAUGAUUUGGAUGAAGUGCCUCCAUCACCGAAAGCAUUAGAACCAAAGGAAGCAGGAUACGAGAAGGAAUUGCAAAUUCCCAGGGCACCAGAUUUGCCACUAAUGCCCCCAGCUCCGACACCACCAGUACCAGUGGAAACCCAUGAUUUGGAUGAAGUGCCUCCAUCACCGAAAGCAUUAGAACAAAGGAAGCAGAACGCGAGAAGGAAUUGCAAAUUCCCAGGGCACCAGAAUUGCCUCCAAUGCCCCAAGAACCGAUCAAGGAUCUGGAAAUAGCAAGAACAGAUCCACGAACCAUUAAGUGCUCAACCACGUCCAGAAUCAGAGCAAGAAGAUUUAGGGCUCAAGGAAGAGGUGGGAGUGGAGAAGAAAGAAGGAAUUGGGAACGGGUCGGAAAAGAAGGGGCGGAAGAAGGGGAAGGGAAAAGGCUUGUCAGCUAUCUCUUACCCCGUCACUGGCGGCCACGGCAUUUCUGGUGUCUCUCGCGGUGCUCGCGUUCCAUUUUCUCAGGGGUAGAAAAAAAUGAGCUACCGGGGUUGGAUUGAUGUACAUGUGUCAUUUUAGUAUUGGAUAAGUUGGUGUAUUUGUCUUCUGUCUGGGUUAUUGGACUGUUUAAGUUUGCUCAACCAGUUUCCGUUUAUUCAUUUUAUGAGAUCA